GAUUCGAAUCAAAUCUAAUGAUGUUAGAACCACCUUCCCUUUUGGUUAUGGCUUCUAACAAGUUGAGGAUAUUGUGCCUUCAUGGAUACACACAAAAUGGAAUUAUGUUUCGUAAAAAGACAGCUGCUGCACGUAAAAGUCUAGAAGGCAUUGCUGACUUGAUUUACAUUACUGCACCUCAUCAUAUUAGUCCACCUACUUUUGGCAUCUCGGAAAGACAACAACAAGAGGAAGAAGAAGAAAUAUCUGAAGAACACAAGCCAUAUGGAUGGUGGUAUUCACCUAAAUACAAGCCAACAAAAGACAAUUUCUUUAUUGGAUUCAAAGAGUCUGUUGAGUACAUCAAACAAGUAUUGAUAAAAGAGGGUCCCUUUGAUGGUAUUCUAGGCUUCUCACAAGGUGGUUGCUUUGCUGCUCUUUUAACUCAUAUGUUACAAGACAGAAACUAUUUCCCAGACUUGAUUCCCCCUUCUUUUAAUCAUGCACCUUUUCAAUUCUCAAUUAUCGUUGCAGGAUUCAAGCCAACUAUGCAAGAGGCAACUAACAUCAUGUUAACCAAACAGAAUAAGGUUAAAACGCCCAGUUUGCAUUACAUUGGUGAAUUGGAUACACUUGUCUUGCCAGAAGCCAUGAAUUCACUAUCAGAAGCCUUUGUCAAACCUACUGUUUUCCGUCAUUCAGGAGGGCAUUAUCUUCCUUCCACUGCUGCGAGUUGCAAGGCAUUGGCCAAGUUUGUCUCUCAUUUUACACCAAUCACAUCACAGGACAAACAGUCACAACACUUGCUCAUCUGAUGGCUUUGAGAGAAAAUUUUUUUUUCUGUAUAAAAGACAAAUACGAGUUGUUUUUCUGCUG